AUGUCAUCCACCGAGCAAUUUUUCUGUUCACUUUUGCACCAAAAAAAGCUUCUGGACGACAGUCCAUUCCUAGACGCGAAUAGUCAGAAAGGACUAGAAUCAUCUUAUUGUCUAUUGCAUGACAUAAUCAAACCUUCGGGAUCAAGGCAAACUCAGAGCAGACGUGACAAGUCGCGACAACACCUUAAGAAUGUUUACUCUAUAGGAAAGCCGCUGUUUAUCCUUGUUGCCGUCACAGUUUCCAUCUCUGAUUUAGCAUUGCUGAACCAUGAUGAGAUUUUCCCUCGACUCGAAGUCUGGUGGCAAAAUAAUGUGCCCUCAGAGAAGUUCAAGUCACGUACCAUCGAGCUCAUUCAAGAGCUGGACCGUGAAAAAGAGCGAGGAGGUCUUGCCCAUGUACGACGUAUGAAAUACAUUUCCAUUCAGUGGGCGAAUGAGUACUGA